UCUUUACCUUUAAACCCACGCACUCACUCUCUUUCACUCUCUCUCCUCAGUUUAUCUGUCUGUCUCUCUGCAACUUGAUGGGGAAUUGUUUCUCUGAUGGUGGUGCUAAAUCAGCUGCUGCUGGUGGCGCUGGUGCCACUUCAGCUUCUCCAAAUAAUCAUCACCACCACCAAUCUGGUGCUGGUGGCGCCGCUUCUAAUGACGCCGUCGAUUUAUAUCUUAACUCACACGGUUAUCGAGGUCUUUUCUCCCAGAUCGAGUUGUCACUUUCGGCUUCAAACUUACGAGACAGGGAUACAUUAUCCAAGAGUGAUCCAAUGGCAGUUAUUUAUACCAAAGGAAGAGAUGGGAAACUUGAAGAAGUUGGUCGAACUGAAGUGGUAUUAAACUCACUAGAUCCUGUGUGGAUCGCAAAACAUACUGUUAAGUACCAUUUUGAGAUCCUGCAGACUUAUGUAUUUCGGGUUUAUGAUGUAGAUUCACAGUUUCACAAUGUACCAGUAAAGAUGCUUAAGCUGGAUGAACAACAGUUUCUGGGGGAGGUCACUUGUGCCUUAUCUGAGAUAGUAUCUAAACCAACCCGGUCAUUGACACUAAAUCUUGUAAAUGGAGAAGAACAUGCUAAGGAUAACCAUUUUCAGAAAUUAGGGGUGCUCACUAUUCGUGCACAAGAGUGUACUAGCUCAAAGACAACAGCGGAGAUUAUCUUCCGGUGUUCAGAUCUUGAAUACAAAGAUCUCUUCUCUAAAAGUGAUCCUUUCCUGGUCAUUUCAAAAGCUGUUGGGAGUGGAUCACUGAUUCCUGUUUGCAAGACAGAAGUGAAAAAGAAUGAUCACAACCCGACAUGGAAGCCAGUCUUCUUAAAUCUUCAGCAAAUUGGAAGCAAGGAUACACCUUUAACUAUUGAAUGCUUCAACUUUAAUAGCAAUGGAAGACAUGAUUUGCUUGGCAAAACUGAAAAAUCGCUAGCCGACUUGGAAAAUCUACUCAAUGAAGAGGGAGAAAGUUUGUUCGUGCCAGACGUAGUUGGACAAAGUGUACAAAACAAGGUAUUAAAGAGUCGACUUUUUGUGGAAAAGUAUUCUGAGAGCACACAACACAGUUUCCUGGAUUACAUCGCAGGUGGAUGCGAAAUGAAUUUCAUGGUGGCUGUUGAUUAUACAGCUUCAAAUGGAAAUCCACGCCUCCCAGAUUCCUUGCAUUACAUAGACCCCUCAGGCAGGCCAAAUGCAUACCAGAAAGCAAUUAAAGAUGUUGGAGAUGUCUUACAAUGCUAUGAUUCAGACAAGUGUUACCCUUGUUGGGGUUUUGGAGCACGACCAAUUGAUGGUCCGGUCUCUCAUUGCUUUAACUUGAGUGGAAGUAGUAUUCACUCUGAGGUUGAUGGAAUUCAAGGUAUUUUGACAGCAUACGAUGGUGCCCUACAUAAUGUUCAAUUUGCAGGACCUACUCUUUUCGGCCCAAUAAUUCACGCUGCAUCAGAGAUUGCCAGCCAGUCUCUUGCCAAUAAUGAACACAAGUAUUUUGUAAUGUUAAUAAUCACGGAUGGAGUAAUAACUGAUCUGCAAGAAACUAUAGAUUCUCUAGUAAAGGCAUCUGACUUGCCAUUAUCUGUUCUCAUUGUUGGAGUUGGCGGGGCUGACUUCAAAGAAAUGGAGACUUUUUGGCAGGUAUUGGAUGCUGAUAAAGGAGGGAGACUAGAAAGCUCAAGCGGAAAAAUUGCGUCGCGUGACAUUGUACAGUUUGUUCCUCUUCAACGAUUACAGGGUGGAGAGAUUUCAGUUGUUCAUUCACUUCUAGCAGAAUUACCCUCGCAGUUCUUAACAUACAUGCGGUCUAGGGAUAUUCAACCACGACAACCAAGAAACAGUCAGAAGUGUACAUAAAGAUUUAUUUUCAUUUCUUUUUCGGCUAUUUGUAUUCUUUAUGGUAUGGCAAGGUUUUCAGUGUUUCCAUAUCAUGUUGUAACAAUUUUUUUGUCCACAUUUUUUCAAUGUAUUAUUGUUUCUGUACGCUAGAAAGAAAAAGCACACGUAAAUAAACAAAAAUGUCCACUCAUUUGUCAAGUUUUAUCACAUUUUUUCAAUGUAUUAUUGUUUCUGGA